GGCUUUGAAAUGGUUUGCUCGUGGGUGCGUAAGAACCUGAUAAAUUGCGRAACAUCUAUGGUGUUUCGGUCUCACUUGCCGUUCCCKUACCGUUCUAACWUUGAUUUGUUGUCUUCGUCUYUAAGUGGUACACAUCUKAAUUAUUACAUGUUUUGGGGUGGCUACAACAGAGGGCGACAGGCCGCUGGUGGCAUCGGCAAUUGGUACGCUGUGGAUGCAGCACUAUGCUCCUCGGGACAGCGACAUGAACCAAAAUACAGUCAUUACCAAGCGCUACAUCGAGCUAUCACCAGUGUCGCRUCCACACUUCUAAGUGGAGAGACCGCGCUUGGGAAGGAAAAACCAGUCGAAGUGCUGACAAAGGACGAAGAGUGGGUAUUCGGCAGUAAACAGCGCAGGUUUGACUAUACGGGUGUGGUUGAUAGAAAAACAAUCGAAUUCUCGGCGACUGGUUCAACAGGAGUUCCGACGGAAAUUUCUUUCAUUGAAAAUGACGAGAACGAGGCAGUCGUAGUUAGAAUUCCUGUUGGAAACGAUGUUGUAAAAUAUCGGGAAUUCACUUUAUCCCCAAGAUCAGCUAUACUAGUUAUUGACGGGGUUUUGGCUUUUGAUGCUGGUUACAUAGAUCCUAAAGGAAUGUCAUUCAAACGAGAGUUUGCUCAAACAGGUGCAGUCCCGGAGCUCGUCGGUUGGUCCUUUUGGCCUGAGCCUAUCGGAACGCAAGGUUCCGGCUCCGGCACUCGGAUCGAUGAUGCGCCCAUCGAGCAGACAACGCUCAAUGUCGGUUCAAGUGUGUGGAGUGAUUAUGCUUGGUAUGAAACAUAUCUUUCAAUCGAGACGACUGGUUUGAACGAUGCAAAGCUCUACGUAGAAAGCCAAAGGUCGAACGGACUCUUAGUUUUUGUGGAURAUUUGUUUGUCGGUUCUGGAGAAGAUCAUUCACAUUAUUGGGAAGGAAAUUUUACCAUAAACGUAAAUAUUGGGAAAUUGUCGAAAGGUAAACACAAAUUAUCCAUACUAUCAGAAUCGAUGGGUUACUCAAAUCUAGUCGGGAGAUUUGGAAACUCUGGAACUGGUCCAAAACACAAAGGCAUAACAGGGCAAGUGCUGCUUUCUCAAGGAAAAAACAUGAAGAAUAUAAGUCUUGUUGAUGGACGGGAGUGGAGUUCAUUUCCCGGCCUUCAUGGAGAAAAGAAAUUGGACGAGAAACACUUCAUUUCGGCUGCAAACGAACCGACACGCAACGCAAGCCCAACAUGGGCUUCGGUCCUGUUCAAAACGCCUGGCUUCAACCCUGCAAACCAAUCGCUGUUUGUCCAACUAACGGUUGGACGAGGGCACUUUUGGCUUAACGGAAAAGAUUUGGGUCGGUAUUGGAAUAUCACGCAAGGGGAGACUUCGAAAUACUCGCAGGAAUACUACUUUCUACCGAUUGAUUAUUUGAGAACGGAUGGUGUCUUGAACGAGAUUGUUAUCUUUGAUGCUACAGGUGGGUCAAUUGUAGAGUUACAAAACACCACCAAGUUGGUCCUGAGCUGGAUAACUCCGUCUGAUUCCCCUAACUUUGAGGACGAGGUCAGUUAUCCUUUGGCAUGUAUCUAGACAAGGUGGUGUGUAUAACAGAUAAUCGUGUUGCUAUCGGCAAAAUGCCAAAGGCUGAUACAUUUAAGAGUGAAAGCGAUACCAGAUUACUGGAUUGGGUUUCAUUUGGUCUUGUGAUGGGCCCCAGUACAAAUUGUCCCGUUCGCCUCUGGAUCGAUUGAGCCUUUUCUUAAGUUAUCGUUG